AUGUCAGACAAAGAAUCGCUACUCUCCAUGGGGUUCGACCCCGCUCGAAUAGACUGGGCAUUGAAAGCUACCAGAAGCUCUGGCUUACAGCCCGCAAUGGACCAUCUUCUCGCAAAUUCAGAAAAACCUAUUCCUGAAGCUGAAGAUGAUGAAGACGAAGAAUCCGUCAAAGCCAGUAUAAAAAAGAUCGAAGGAGGUGUAGAUGAUUCAGAGCUUGUAGCUAAAUCUAUAAAAUGCAGUGAAUGCGGCAAGAUUUUCAGAUCGACCGUCAGUGCAGAGUUACAUGCUGAGAAAAGCGGUCAUGAUCAAUUUGAAGAAUCGACAGAAGAGAUCAAACCCUUGACUGAAGAAGAGAAGAAAGCCAAACUUGCCGAUCUGAGAGAGAAAUUAGCUAUCAAAAGAGCCGCUCAAGCUAAGAUUGACGCAAAGGACAAUAAAGCAAACGAGGCCUUGAGAAGAAAAGCGGGACAGGAUACAGGCAAGAUCAAAGAUGAUAUGCAAGCAAAGGAAAUGCAGAAAGAAGCUGAAAGGAAGAGGAGAGAGAAACUGGAUGAUCAACGUGCAAAAGCAGCUAUCAAAGCUCAAAUCGAGGCGGACAAACGGGAGCGUGCUGAAAAAGCAGCUCGUGACAAGGCAAUACGUGAAGGUGGAUCAUCUGCUGCACAGACUCCUCCUGCUCCAGCAUCAGUAGCUAAACCAGCUGCUGGUGUAAGCAGUUCCGACAAUCCUCAGACUAGAUUACAGGUCCGACUCAGCAUCGGUGGACAACCUAUAACCAAAGCCUUUCCAAGUGACAAUACCCUCAUAGAUGUAGCAGAAUGGGUAGCAUCAGAGAAUCUGAACUACAACGUCGACACUGUCACGUUCGCCUCCACCUUCCCUCGUAAAACCUACUCCCGAGAUGAGAUGAAGAAGACACUAAAGCAGAACGGGUUGACACCUUCAGCCGUGCUAAUAGCUAGUUGA